CUCGUUGCAGAGCCACCCAAGACUCGGUCCGACCCACUGACCCGUCCUCGUCCAGCAUGGCCGUCGACCUCUCGAUCCCGCUCGACCAGGUCAUCGCCGUCAAGCUCGGCAGCCUGUCGCUCAAGGACGACGACGACACGGUCGCCUUCGUCAAGGACCUCGUCCAGGAGGACUCGUUCGAGCCCGAGGACCGCAAGAGCGCCAUCCUGGGCCUGCUCGAGGCCGACGAGGAUGAAGCGGUCUCGGCGGCGGUCGACUCUUUGCUCGACGACACGACGGCGUACCAGGACGCACUCGCCGAGCAGCGACGGGCAGCCGAGGAAGCGGCAGCUUCUCCGCCUCCAGAAGAGGAGGAGCCACCGGUCAAGGACUUGACGCCCGAGCAGGAGGCGCGACGAAAGGCCGACUUCCUCAAGAAAUACGGCUACCUCGAGGACGAGACGGAGGCGGAGAAGGCGGCACGGAUAGAAGCCGAGCAGGCUCAGGUGCCCGCCAAGGCUUUUGUCGACCCGAGAUCGCUCUCGAAGAAGCAGAGGAAGAAGGCCCUUGAUGGCGUCGACCUGCUCGCCCUCCCGAACCUCAAUAAGCACCACGUCGUCGAGGCUGAGCGCAAGAGACGGACCGAAUCGUCCUCCGCCGCACAAGCCAAGCGCGAGCGAGACCUCGCCGACCGCAAGAAGCAGAAGGAGGACGCCGCGAAGAAGCUCGAGGACAAGCGCAAGAAGGCGCAGAAGGUCGAGCGGAAGGGCUAGGUAGACGCCGAGGACGACGUGCAGUGCAGCUCGUUACUCGAG